ACCGGUCAUUGAUUUCGAUCUUUGUUUACAUUUGUGUAUGUGAAAGCAGAGAGAGAGAGAGAGAGAGAGAGAGAUAGAGAGUGGUAACCCUAGGGUCGAAAUCAGAUUUCGAAGAAGACUAUCGAAUCGAAUCGAAAGCAGAAUAGCGAUGGAAUCUGCGGCUAGAAGAAGAGGAGGAGGAGGCAUUUUCGAUGGCCUUUACAAGGUCGUUAUGCGCCGCAACUCCGUCUAUGUUACCUUUGUCAUCGUCGGCGCUUUCCUCGGAGAACGGGCUGUGGAUUAUGGUGUUCACAAGCUCUGGGAGCGCAAUAAUGUUGGGAAACGUUACGAAGACAUUCCUGUGCUAGGGCAAAGACCGUCAGAAGAGUGAAUUGUCGGACCAUGUUGUUAGCUAUUUUGAAGUUUAUUAUAUUCAUGGAAAUUUGAAGUGAAUAUUGUGAGCUGAAGCAGUUUCCAUUUUUGCAAUAAGUGUCCUAUGCUUGUCUCUUUCAGGAUUAACUCAUGCAUGGUUUCAUUUACUGGCCGUUGGAAUAUAAAAUAUUGAACUGGUGUAAAAUGCUGUAUUUUUUCGAAGCGAUUGGGUUUCUCAAAUCGCUGGCUUUUUAGUAAUCUUGUUUUGUGAAAGUUUGUUUACACAUGGAAAAUUAUUAAUGCUCAAUAAUUUCAUUUAACAUCA